CUGCGUUUUCUCUUGCGCCCAAGAUAAUUUCCAGGCUACAUUUUUUAUCUCCCUUUCCUUCCUGAUAUUCUUCCUGAUAGAUUGUUGUCACUGUUUACAAAAUUAUAGAAGUCUGAACAGUGAAAUCGACGGACAAGUGGGAUGGCAUCAGGGGUUCAUGCAGUAUGCUUGAAACAUAACAAACAGUGGAGGAAUAGGUUUCAGGAGUUUUUAAACAAAAUCAGUGGACCAACCAGAAGAAAUCCAUUAAUUUGUCAAAGUGAUGUUAAAAGAAUUACAAAAGCAGUGUGCACAUGCACAGAGGCUGUCAACAAAAAGGCUGUCAACAAAGAGACUGUCAACGAGGCAUGGAGUACCAUUACACAACAAAGUAUUCAAAAUGCUCACACUUAUUAUCAAAGGUCUGUGAAUUCUGAUAACAGUAGAACUUUACUCAAAGAUUUUUAUGUAAAACUUCAUGAGAAGAACAUUUUUACAAGGAAUAAUAAUGGAAGUGCAGAUCGGCUUAUCUUCAUUUUAUCAAACAAAUUGCUUCCCGUUGGACAAGUGAGAGAAGAUAUUUUAGAAAGAAUUUGUCCGAUCAUACAGCGGCCGCCUGGGGAACCAGUUCAUAUUGGAUCACUUAAAGCAGAUCAUACUGGUCGUUUUUUUGGAAGAGGAGGAACAGGUAUAAGGGAGGCAGUUCAUGGAAUACCAGUUGGUAACAUCACGAUUAACAUGAGGCCAAUUUCAAACUCGGAUAUGGUUGAAGCCCAUGCAACAUUUAGCUGUAGACCGAGACAUAAUCAGCAGGUUUUGGAUGGACUUAGCCAAAGAGUUGGAUACUAUGAGCAAACUCAGCCAGUUCCUCUAAGAGCAAGACAACAACAUGGGAGAAGUGGUCAUCAAGACAUGGAUAUGUAGAUGUCCUCCCUAAAGAAAUGGAAUCUAGAUAGAAGGAAAGAUGAUAGAUAUCUAUUGUUAAGUUUUAUUGAUAAGGUUUUUUUUAUACGAAAAUUGUAAAAUACUAGUAUUGAAUUGCUCUCAGACUUUACAAUAUUAAAGUUCAUCUGGGUUUUUAGACAUACGUCUAAUUAUAUAUAAUGAUGAAAAAAAUGUCAAUAUGUAAGGUUAUGUAAUAUUUGAAACAGGUUUGUGUUCCCUUUACCCAAAGAGCCUGUAUGAGUUCCUGCCUAGACUUAGCAUCCGUCGUCUGUAACUAUUACACCAAACUUGGAAGUACUAUGCCAAUUGAAACAAAUUGUACCCCUGUCAUCCUUGGGGUUACAAGUAAUCCGAUUAACGAUUUUUGGCUAUUAUUUUGA